CUAGGCCCGAUAUGUAUGUCCGAUGAAACCGUCGCCCGGGCGACAGCGACCGACUCCCAUUUCUCGGUGUUCUCGAGACGACAGCGACCCCAGCCCCCGCCGCCGGCGAUCCCUCUCUUGGCCGGCGCCGCGGAACCCGCCUCCUCCUCCCGCCGAAGCACGCCACCUCGAACUCUUCCUCUCUCUCGUAGACUCGUCGUCGUCCUCCUCCUCCCCAUCACUGCGCUCGCGUGGAGUGGAGGCCCGGCCGCACUUGGAUGACCCCAUCUGCUGCUGCUUACUUAGGUUGAUAUAAGCAGUAACGUAACAUGGGGCGACCAGAGGGCAUGCACAUGGUUUUGGAAAGGAUUGAAGGGCAUAUUUCACAUAAGAGCCAAGAAAAGAAGGCUGCGCCGGAAAAAGAACUAUCAACUACUUUAUCAGAUAAAAAGAAGUGCUUUGCUUGUAAUGAGAGAUUGCACAAUUUGGAUCAAUGCAAGAUAAAAGGAAGUUUUGUUACUGUGGCAGAGCUAUUUGGCCAUGCUACAAGAUUUCCAUUUUACAUGAUUCAACCUUCAGAAGAGGUAGUUGCAAAAGAGAAAUUUUACCAUCACUGCCUGCUGAUCACAUCUAAUAUCAGUAACUUGGACCUGGGUAGAGUGAAAGAUGAACUACAAAAAUUUUGGAAGCUGUCUAAUGACUGGGAAUUAAGAAGAGAAUGCAGAAAGAAUUUCAUAGCAUCCUUCAGCUCGGAGGAUGACCUAAUCAGCUGUUUAAAGCAUCCCGAAAUGGAAACAUCGCUGGAUGAUAAGGAGAUGAAAUUCACUGUAACAAGGUGGAAGGAAGGUGGUGAGGAAAAUAUUGACUUGAUUAGGCAAUGGUUUCUAGUGUGUGGGGUGCCAAGAAUAUACAGAAACUGGAAGGAGUUAUAUCAAGUUGCCUCUGCAUUUGGAGUGUUGGUUGAGGUGGAUGAGGAAAGUUUGGAAGUUGAGGAUAAGGAGCCUAUUAGGUUGAAGAUAGCAUUAAGAAAUCUUGAUGGAACCCCCUUCUCCUAUCACUUUGUGUUUGGAUGGUCUUCUAGAAUGGUCACGUUCACAAUAGAGGACAAAGUAAAAAGUAUAGAACAACAAAGGAAGGAAUUAGAAGAAUGGAAUGGUAAAGAUCGUCUUGAUGGCUUCAAUAAGGAAUCUGAAGACAAAAGGAACAUAGCUAUUGGGAUGCCUCCAGGCAGCUGCCAUAACACAAGGAUUGUAGCUUCAACAGGCAACCAUGCGUUAGACUUGGAAGGUUGCUCGAACAAGGUGCAUAAAAAGGAACUGAAUACAGCACAAGCAGGUAUAUUGCUGGAAGAGCCAAAGUUUAUUGAGGAGUUAAGAUUUGACAGAGAGAUCAAAGAAAACAAAACAAAUGCUCCAGCAGUCACUACGAUAAACUCCAAGAAAACAACUGAAAAAAGUUCAAAAGCUGAAGUGGCACACCCCAUAGGUGGUAGUUCAACAAACAUGAUUGGAGAAGAGCACUUCAGAGGUAUACCAAAGCCUCCUGUCAUACAUGUGUUCAAAAGAAGAGCUAAGAAACAGCAAGGAUCAAUUGAGCAAAAAGUUAAUGAAGCAUUAAACAACAGCUCAUCAAAGAAACUGGAUAAAGGGAUGGAUCCAGAUAGCACCAGUUAUGCCACAAGGAUUGGAGCUUUGACAGGGUGCGAUAUGUUGGAUUUCCAAAGUUGUUCAGAAAAGGAACAUGGGAAGGAACUGAAUAUGGCAGAAAAAGCUAUAGCAGGGGAAAGACCAAAGCCGGUUGAAGAGUUUGGAGCAUAUAGGGAGAACAAAGACAACAAUGAGGCUCCAGAUGCUGCUACAAUCAACUCUAAGAAGAAGCAAACAACAGACGACACGUCAAAAACUGAAACAACACAGUUGAUCAGUGGAAGUUCAACAUUCAUGAUUAAGAGGAUACACAAAAAAGGUGUUGACAUGGAUGGAGUGGGACCUGAAGGAGUUCAGUUCCAUGAAAGGCAAUAUGCCUCUAAAGUGGAUGCACGGCUUGCUCAAAAUUCCAAAGAAUUCAGCGCACACAAUGAUAUUUGUGACAGUUUCAGUGAGAUGGGUCUUCCAGAAAACCUACUGAAGGGAAUAUAUGCUUAUGGUCUGGAGAAGGCUUCUGCAAUCCAUCAAAGAGGAAUUGUUCCCUUAUGUAAGGGUCUGGAUGUUAUCCUGCAGGCUUUGUCUGGAACAACUGUUACACUUUGCUGUGGAGUUCUGCAGCAACUUGACUAUGGAUCUGAAGAAUGCCAAGCUUUGGUUCUUGUACCAACACGUGACUUGGCGCAGGAGACCGAGAAAGUUAUUCGAGCACUUGGUAAGUUCCUUGGUGUUAAAGCACAUGCUUGUUCUGGAGGCACUAGUAUCCGUGAGGACCAGCAAAUUCUGUCAAGCGGAGUUCAAGUCAUCGUUGGCACUCCUGGUCGCGUUCUUGACAUGCUUCAAAGGCGAGCACUCUGUCCAGAUCACAUUAGAACGUUUGUUUUGGAUGAGGCAGAUGAACUACUCACAGGAGGUUUCAAGGACCAGACUUGUAAUGUUAUCCAGCUUCUCCCACCCAAAAUCCAGGUUGGACUCCUCUCUGCCACCUUUUCCAAUGAAGCCCUUGAGUUUAGCCGCAGGUUCAUGGAUAAGCCUGUGACAAUUAUUGUGCCAAGAGAUGAAGAACUAAGGAGUAUCAGUGUCAAGCAGUUAUAUGUCAAAGUUGAGAAGGAAGAAGUGAAGCUUGGUAAAGUGUGUGAUCUUUUUGACACUAUGGCAAUCACACAAAGCGUCAUCUUUGUGAACACGCGGCGCAAGGUCAAGUCGCUCAUAGAAAAGAUUAAAGGCAAGGGUUACACUGUCUCGGCAAGCCAUGGCAGCAUGGAUCAGCACGCCAGGGACACUGCCAUCCAGGAGUUCCAAUCCGGAUCAUCCCGUAUUCUCAUUGCCACCGACCUUCGUGGCACUGAUGUGGUGCAGGUCCCUGUUGUCAUCAACUAUGAUCUGCCCACACAACCAGUGAAAUACAUCCGUCGUGUUCAACAAGGUGGACAGUCUGGAAGGAAGGGUGUGGUCAUCAGUUUCGUAACUCGUGUUGAUGAGCGCAUCCUCCUUGACAUCCAGAGAUUUUGCAAUGGCCAGGUAGGCGAGCUACCUUCCGAUAUCGCUGACCUCUUGGUGGGCUAUGGUGUGCAGAACUGAGCCUAAGGGUAUCUACCCAAGUUUUAGCAGGCUACAAGGAAACUUACCCUCAUACCUGACUAUAUGCAACUGUUUUAAGUGAUGUGAUCAGCUAAACUUUUGCUGUUGUGUCUAGAGAACUGUAUAAUGGCUUCAUUUUCUUGGGAUAUUUGUGAGGGUGGAAAUCAUGCAAACUGUCUUAUGAAAUCUGAACUUUUAGUUCACCGGCCAUGUAGUAUUAUACAACUUUUUAAAA